AGAACCACAAACUGAACAACCACCUUGAGUUGCAAAAACAUGGUGGUUUUAAAGUCCACUUCUCUCACUUGCCACUUCUUCAACCUCUCUUCCUCCUCCUCCAAAUUCACCUCCCCACAACACUCUCUCCGCCACCACCACCACCACCACCAUGCUCACCCCACCACCACGAGACUCACUUCAAGAGUUGCACAGUUCACUGUUAAAGCCUACAUGGAGAACCCCAACACAUUAGGUAGUUUCGCCAACAGGGUCAUUGGUGCACUCCCCGUGGUGGGACUCAUUGCCAGGAUUCUCAGUGAUGAAGGUGGCGUUGGAGAUGACCUCGUGGAUUUUGCUGAGUUCAGAAGGCGCGUUGGAAAGAAGUGUUCCCAAGCUGAUUCCUCUGCCUUUUAUCAGUUCCAAGAUCGACGAGGAAGGGCAGGGGAUCCUCUUUAUGUUCUGUUAUGCUGUUGGCUAGCAGCCAUUGGUGCUGGUCUUCUCAAAACCGAGGAUAUUCUGGAAGGGGUGGCUCGGCUCCGGAUCUCCAACGACAUUGAAUUUGAGGAGCAGAGUUUCAUGGCUUUGAUGAAUGAGUCAAAGGAGAGACGGGCAAGGCAAAACGCUGAUCCUCCUGCAGUCCCAAUGGAGAUUCGAGCUGGGAAGGCUCUUGAUGCUAUCUAUGUGUGUUGCUUUGGAAAGGACUCCAUAGAGGAAGAAGACGAGAGACUGCUGACUGCAAUGCUCGGUGCUGUCUUCCCGUCAGUUCAGCGCGAAGAGAUCCGGCGCCUUGUCAAAGACAAGGCAGAGAAAGUAGCAGCAGGAGUUGAUGAGGAAUAUGUUUCAGAACUCAAGCCUCUAUCGAAAGAAGCUGUGGAACUACAAAUGAAAGACCUUCAGUUCCUUCAACAAAAUAGUGAGACUUAACUAGGUGAAGCCUGUGAUUUCCACUGCAUAGUGAUGCAUUGAAUGAAAUUAUAUUUUUGCAAACUAAAGUUGCUUUAGCCUUUAGGCUACUCACAGAAAAAAAGACAGUCCUCUUAUAUCAUACUCUAUUAUUUUUCAGAUCCAUAUUGAAAUGUGGGAUCAUGACUUUUUUGAAAAUGCAGAAAUUUCAUGUAAUUACUGUUAGCAGUAUAAAUGGACAAGGUAGUAAAUCAUGUCUCUAAUGCAUUUUUUAUUUAUUUAAACCCUUGAAGUGA